UGGUAAGACAAAGCAAAGAAAAAUAAUCUUUAUAUUUUUUUACCACUUAUGCCUAGACUAAUUAAUAUUACUAUUCAGUUUAAUUAAAGCAUAUCUAGUUCGUCUGGGGGACUCUAUCGGUUAAAUCAAGUUCAUGCCUGAUUAGUUACGCGCACUUAUAUAUAGCAGAUAGUUGCGAAGUUUGUAAUAAUCUACAUCACUUUCCUCAGUUUUAGUUUGUUCUCGCAACAUUAUAAUUUAAAAUAAAUACUUGUAAUCAUUCUCGCAUUAUUUUACUUUACGUAAUUAACAUGUUUUCUAAAUCAAGAACAAGAGAACUGCAAGUGAAGCAAGUAACAACUCGAUCGAAAAGAAUACGUUUGGAUGAAGGUGACAACGUUAAUGUUCCAAUGGACAACAAUUUAUUAGUAGAUGAUAAUUCAGCUACGGAGCUUGAUUUGUUAAGAGAUGCACUACGAUCCAUUGGAAUAAUUGCCCCAAAGCGCCGUAGUCGAACUACAUUACUCGAACUUUAUCCUAAAAAUAAAUAA